CCGCUGCGGGGAGAGGCAGUUCGCGCACCUCGCCCCGGCUCGGCCCCGCGCACCCCGCCAUGGCGGAGGUGGGGGGGGUCUUCGCCACCUUGGACUGGGAUCUGCACGGUUUCUCCUCAUCUCUGGGGAACAUGCCCUUAGCCGACUCCCCUGGUUUCCUGAACGAGCGCCUGGGCCAGAUCGAGGGGAAGCUGCAGCGCGGUUCGCCCACAGACUUCGCCCACCUGAAGGGGAUCCUGCGGCGGCGCCAGCUGUACUGCCGCACCGGCUUCCACCUGGAGAUUUUCCCCAACGGCACGGUGCACGGCACCCGCCACGACCACAGCCGCUUCGGCAUCCUGGAGUUUAUCAGCCUGGCUGUGGGGCUGAUCAGCAUUCGGGGAGUGGACUCUGGCCUAUACUUAGGAAUGAACGAACGAGGCGAGCUAUAUGGAUCGAAGAAACUCACGCACGAAUGUGUUUUCCGGGAACAGUUUGAAGAGAACUGGUACAACACUUAUGCCUCCACCUUGUACAAACACUUGGACUCGGAGAGACAGUAUUAUGUGGCCCUGAAUAAAGACGGCUCACCCCGGGAAGGAUACAGGACUAAACGACACCAGAAAUUCACUCACUUUUUACCCAGGCCUGUAGAUCCUUCUAAGUUACCGUCCAUGUCCAGAGACCUCUUCCACUAUAGGUAACGGAACCUAGCGUGACCUCUGUAACCCAUAUACUUUGGGGCCACAGUUGUCUCUGCAAGCACUAUACUCGUAGCUUUUCAAUCUUUCCUAUCAAUUUAGAUAGCAAAGAAACACUUACUGUUCAA